CUGUGUUUUCACUUUCAGUUACUGAAAUUAACCUCGUGUGUGUUCUUGCACACAUUGUUCUCUCCGCGAGAACAUGUGUCCAUUCUGAUCAACCUAUAUUUAUCUACUUUGAUGAUUUGUUUCCCUUUCGGUUAUGUUUAUACAUUUCUUUAUCUUACAAGAAUUAACGAAGAAAGCCCUUUGGAAUUGAGCAGUGAGAGAGGGUGGUGCAGAGAUCGGCAAUGGCCAUGGCGCUUUUCCAAUCCUCGUCUCUUGCUUGCUCCUCUUCUAUGGAUAUCUCCUACAAUUCAUCUAAAGCAUCUCAUAUAUUUGGUUCCCAGUUGAGAUCUCCGGAAAUUGAGCAGACCCAAUUGAGAUUCUUGGGUUCUUCUAAAAGAAACUCCACUGUGAGAUUGAAGGCCUUAAUGGAGUCCCUGGGCCUAGUUCAGGAUACUGUCGAGAGCAGGCCGAAAGUCACAAGGGUGAGCAAGGAAGUGUCAGAUCCUUUCAAGGAGUUGAAACACAGAUUUCUUAGUUUCAAAAAAGAUAAAUACUUGAGUAACUUAGAACACUACAAAGGGCUGGCUGAGGCCCAGGCGCCAAAGUUCAUGGUGAUUGCUUGUGCGGAUUCACGAGUGUGUCCCUCGAGUAUCCUUGGUUUCCAACCAGGAGAAGCCUUUGUGGUCCGGAAUGUGGCAAACUUGGUACCACCGCAUGAGAAUGGACCUACAGAAACAAAUGCUGCCCUUGAAUUUGCUGUCAAUUCUCUUGAAGUCGAAAAUGUACUAGUCGUUGGUCACAGCUGUUGUGGAGGAAUUAAAGCACUGAUGAGCUUGCAAGAUGAAGUAGUUUCAAGUAGCUUCAUCAGAAACUGGGUGGUUGUCGGAAAGCCUGCCAGGUUGCAAGUGAAUGCUGCUGCUUCAGACCUCAGCUUUGAUCAGCGGUGCAGGCACUGUGAGAAGGAAUCAAUUAACCGGUCGUUGAUGAACUUACUGACUUAUCCAUGGAUCGAAGAACGGGUGAUAAGGGGGAAGCUAUCGAUCCAUGGUGGUUACUAUGACUUCACCGACUGUACAUUUGAGAAGUGGACACUCGACUACAAGGGUAGCACCAUGGUAUCUGAGAGCUCGUGCUCUAUAAAAAACCGAGAAUUCUGGGCCUGAGUUUCUCUUAUAUUCAAAAUUGUGUGGGUGUGUGUAUGCGUUGGGGGGGCAGAUCUUGUAAUGAAUACUAUGAUAUAAAUAAUUAGAACAGCUCUUUCCAUUAAAA